AAGCUCCUACAGUUCACUGUAGUACUGUGAGCGGGACCAGGAGCGACACACACUCAGGUAGAGACGGGUAGCAGAAGUAAAUCAGACUGGAUUCAACAUAGAAGUAAAAGAUAAAGAAAACUUGAAUGCGUUUUGACCUCUUUCUGCUUUGUAAAGUGAAGGCGAACGGAGCCGCCGGUGCGCUCUGCGAUGCCAGCCGCUGUUUGUAGGCGGGAUGGGAAGAGGAGAGAAAGCUUUAUGUGCAGACGUUGCCUCUCUGGUUUCUGUAGCGGACAGUUAAUUGCUACCUGAAGACAAUUAAGCGGGAGGUUGAGGAGUGCAGUGAGUGUGUGGUAUCAACUUUGAAGAAGCUCCUGCCUGCCGGAGCAGCCAGUGGAUGUUGUGCCAUGGAGAUAAAGACGAGACUUCGAGCCCUGCUGAUGUUACUAUGGAUUUUUCAAGGUGACACCCAGAAGGUGGAGAUCCCCAGAGGAGAGAUGGAAGUGGUUAAGGGCCAGAUGGUGGUGUUACACGCCUGGUAUAGCCCCAACUCAGACAUUUCCAAAAACUCUGUCGUUUGGCACUUUGUGGGCAAUGAAUCCAAGCAGGUGAUAAACUUUAGCUCAGGUGAGGUUGGGUACGGCCAGAAUGAAUUCACCAAAAGAGUUGGCUUCAGUGUGGCCAUGCCCUCAGCCAACAUCUCCAUCUCCAUCAAGAACACCCAGGAAUCUGACUCUGGACGCUACGUGUGCAACGUCAUCAUCCAUGGAGGUCCUGGCAUUUCUGGGGAGGUGCGCCUUAAUGUCAAAGUCCCUCCUUCUCCCCCAGUGUGCACCAUGACAGGGAACCCAGUGGUGAAGGGCAACGUGACUCUGAGCUGUAAGUCCAGUCAUGGAAAACCUGUCCCUCAGUACAAGUGGACCAAGGCUGCACCCAUGUCCGAGGUCUUCUUCUCGCCAAUGCAGAAUGAGAGACAAGGCACCCUCAGGCUGAGCAACCUCACUAAAAGCAUGUCAGGGAAGUACAUGUGCCGAGCCAGCAACACAGCCGGCUCUGACAGCUGCUCCAUUAACCUGGAGGUUAUCACCUCUUCCAAUGCAGGCAUGAUUGCAGCAGCCACAGUGGGGUCAAUAGUGGGACUGGUCGCUAUGGUGCUCUUCCUCAUAUUCAUACUGAAAAGGAGACGAGACACCGAGGAGGAGAUAGCCAAUGAGAUCAAGGAAGAUGCUCAGGCACCAAAGCGAGUGUCGUGGGCAAAGAGUAACACCGGCUCAGACAUUGUGUCCAAGAAUGGCACGCUGUCCUCCAUAGCCACCAGUCCUCGGCCGAGAGACCCCCACCAGCCCAACUUCCACUACCCAUACUCCCCCACAUCCGCCUCAGACACAGGCUCAGUGAUCAAUGCCUACCAGCUGCGACCUGGAGAGGCAAACACCUUACAGGGACUGCCGGGGUACAACAUCGGAGCAACCCCUUCACGUAAACACAAGAGGCCUCCCAGUACGAACGGGGGCCCUCCACAGGUUCUCCGGAGCCCAGUGGUUGCCAUCCCUAACAGGACUGAGGGGGCUCAGCCUCAGGUGCCACCUCCACUCACUGUGUCCCCACAAAUCAGCUCUUCCACUCUGACACGCAUGGGAGCUGUUGCCGUCAUGGUGCCUGCUCAAAGCCAAGCUGGCUCACUGGUGUAGCCAGCAGAAGCAUCUCUGAUGGGAAAUAAAGGACAGUGGUUGAGGAUGGAGAGAAAGUAUGCCUUGUAAUGGAAAGCACUUUCUCCAUGAAACCUGAAAAGGUGUAAGAGAAGAAAAUGUCUCAUAGCUGGUUUGUGCUUCAUUUGCACAAACGCUCCCUUCCCUCUUCUGUUCAUUCAUUCAACUGACUCAGUACAGUGUUCUUCAUUCCAGUUUCUUUUUUUAUGCUGCGUUGUGGCUCACCACAGAAAAAUAUAUUUUUAUUUACACGCUUGUAAAGAGAUCUUUAAAAUGGUAUCCAAUAGUGUUAUGAUUAUUACACUGUAUACAUGAAAUACCAGUUAUCAUAAGAGAGUUGUGUUCAUUUAAUGCCAUCAGUCUGAGUACUGUAAACCAGUGGUUCUCAAACUUUUUCACAUCAAGGGUCCCCAUUUGAUGAGAUUUUUGCUUUUAGAUGUGUCCUUACAGAAAGCGUAUGAAAUCCAUGACCAGAAUAGUUAAACAUUCUGUCAUUGUGUUAAUUAUGGAUGGAAUUAUAGUGGAAAUAAAUUAUUCCUCUUUUUGCUGGGGACCACCUGGAACCCCUCAAGGACUCUUGUAAACCACAAAAAAACAGUUCAAUUUGCUAAGAGUUUUGCAGUUUUUGCAAAAUGUUACAUUUUGAAUACAUUUGUAUUAUAUAUUAAUAAACAAAACCUGAACACGUUUCCAUAAAUUUCAUUUCUAUUUCACUGUACCCAGCUGUUUGUGGAGCACUUUUCAGUUCACUUCUCUCAGGCUAACUGCACUAGUUCAGAGCUAAACCCAGCAAAAUCACAAUUCAGGUAUUUCAACAAAAACAAAAUCAUUUGUUAUAUUUCAAAGACUCACUUGCUUUGUCCCUUAUUUACUUGUGCUCACCUGACAGUUGUUUAUUUCAGCAAACACUGUCAGUGUGGUGUCAUGACGCUAUUGUCUACUGAGAGAACAUACUGUAUGAAUUUAUUGCCUGUUAUGGUAGAUGGAAUGUAACCAAAAUAGUGAGUAUAACAUUGUUGAAAUUGAUGGUUUCUGACUAUUUUAAGGUGCUUGAUAUAACUUGAUAUAAUUACUGUAAACAUAUGAGGCCAUGGUUGAGAUGUAAUCUACCAGUCUUACUGCUGAUGGUCUUGUGUGUUUCAUGGUAAUUAUUAAGUCUUGAAAUAAUGUGGCAGUCAUUUAUUGAUGUUGAAAGGCUACAUGUAGCACUUUUAAUGCAGUUUUGAUUGUUCUUUUUUCAAUAAAGUGUCCUGCAGUGUU